UCAUGUUCAGUAGGGACGAUAUAAGUAGAACCUGUUUGCAAGUGCCUGCUCUUGGACGAAAGUUCAAACUGGGUUCCCUUUAUGAUGCCAUUCACGAGGACAUCAUUCCUGGACUCGAUUUCUGGAAUGAAAUCGAUUUGAAAAACAUGACAACUUCCCGGAACCCGCACACCGAAUUUUCGCUGCAGACAACGGACAAACUGGAGGAGAAAUUCGACGAUGGAUCGGCUGAGGAUCUCGAAAAGAAGAAAAAUAACAGACCAAGUGUUAAAGCGAAUCUUCUGCUUCACACUACAGUCAAGGAAUUGACCAUGGAACAGCUUGAAGAAUGUAAUUUGCGUUACCCUCUGAUUAAAACAACCGGCAGGAUCGCCUACGCAACUCACGUCGUUACGCAAAUCCAGUACGGCGCCACGUCAACAUUCACGUUCACCAAACCUGAUGGUGAAACGGAAGAAAACGAGCAACAAGUAAAUUGGCAAUUUGAAUCAAAAGUCAAACAAUUUGCUGAAUACCUUAAAGGGGAUCCCAACAUCGAAGGCAAUUGCAUCGACACCAGUCCUGAAAACGACAAAAACAUCAAAUUUAAUUUUAAAGGCGAUUUUAAACUCCCCGAUGAUGUCACACCUCCAACAACGUACAAAGGAGCCAUCGAAUUCGCCGAGAAAAUCUUGAGAUGUGCAUCGGAUUGGAUGGACAAAGAUCCUUUGGAUAACAAUCAACCUCUUGGAGUGCCCGUUACCGUUUCGCUCUACCCGUUGGUGUUGAUGGAAAACGCCAAAGAUGCACCGACACUUCGUUACCAAAUUUUCCCUGUGAUGGUGUCUCAAUGGUUCCUGUUUAUGCAAGAUUAUAAAGAGGUGGGAGAUGAACUAAAUGACACGAUUAAAGAUCCUCUGAUGGAAAAAUUAAGUCCACUUACAAAAAAGCUCCAGCUGUUCCAGCAAAGCCUGGAAUCUUUCCUGGCCAAACUCAAAAUUAAACUGGGGGAAAUAGCAGCCGACAUCCGCAGCGCAGGACCAACGAGGAUCCUUUUCGACAGCUGGCGAAUCUAAUAGAAAAUGAACAAUUUGCAUUCAAUUCCAAACGACUUGAUCGAUGGCUGGAUCAAAAAUACCUAGAACUUUGUACAGUUGGGAAAUUUCAAGAUGAAACUAAACUUAAAAUGAGAGAUCAGAGCAACGUUCUUUUCUUCCCCUCCCCUGAAAGGAUGAAAGCCCAAAUGUCUGAUGAUCACGUCAAGUUUGAAUUCGAAUUCACAUUCUCAUCGUUAGCUCGGCCUGAAGUAUUUUUGGAACUGCUGACUCAAACACUCGAUGAUGUGAACAGUUUCAUCUUUGAAAAGAUUAGAAGAAAAUCUCAUCUUGGCAGAACUUGUAAAAAUAAAUCAAACGAUGAGCAACUUUCCAUAUUGCACCCUGAAACAAUAUUUCUGUGACUUAAUUUUUGCUUGAACAGAAAAGGAAUUUUGGAUGGGAUGCAGUCAAUAUUUUUGCUAAAAAACUAAUUCCUUCUUCCUUAACUUUAUGAUCUUUCCCCUCCUGUUCUAUGCCACAUUUUACGAUAAAAGAAAUGUAACCUGCUUCAUUCAAUUGUUAAUAAAUGG